AUGUCACUCUCACGCGCUUUUACCACCAGAAAGGCUAAAGUCGCCGAAAUGGGUGACUCUCCACCACCGCACCGCAGCAACUCGGCCCGCGAUAGACACCAUGGUCCUAUCCUACGACACAAGAUUUCCGGUCCUAUUCAGCUUGUUCACACGACCAACAUGCUUUCCUACAACGCUCCCGAUAUCCCGUCGCCUCACGCCUCUCUCCGCAACAAGUCUUCGCUUCGAUCUGUUGGUGAAGACUCCGAGGCUCCUUCAACUACUGAGUCAACUCCGCCUACGAGCCCGGAAGUUUCUCCCAUGGAAGAUUGCCCAGGUCUUGUGCCGAACCAUCUGUCAACUUACUUCUCGGUAUCCGGCAAGCCACACGUCAUGCCACCUGCCAUACCCAAGGUCAACGAGGCUCCCGCGAUUCCUCAGCGAUCACCUUCCCACACCAAGCAGAACUCGUAUGAGGCCAUCGCUCGCCAACGAUCCGUCUCUCAAAGGUCCAGAGAUUCAGAGCACUCCGUCUCCACAAAGGCUAGCUACACAUUCUCCCGAUCAUCGUCAACCUCUACCAGAGCGUCAUCGGCCUCGUACGUCUCUGCCGGUCAUGGCCUGAAGGCUCCUCCUGUGCCUGCCCCUGCAGUCACAGCCGUCGCUCCAGCUCCUCCACCAUCUUUCCAGCAGCGAGCCCUCAAGGACUCUCACCCCUUUGGUCAUGAACUAGCACAAGUCACCGAGCUCGCCGAGGAGUACAGCGCCAGGCCGCUAAGCAAGGAGGAGGAAGAGGACAACCGAUACAUCAAGUCCAAGGGUCUCAACAAGUUCAGCGCCGAGGACUAUCUUGGCGAUGUUCAAAACCUGAUCUUCAGCUUCUUUCCCGAGGUGUCACACGCUAAGCCAACCACACCACAAUGGAUUUAAGUGCGCACCCAAUGCCGAGAUGUCGGCUUCUUUAUUCGACAGUAUAUAAUUGAUAGACAUUUUACGACCAUGAACGGGAGUCCGCGGCAGGACAAUGGCGGGCAUGAUUUAAAAGGCACAUACACACUCGUUGCUCUUUGAAGCAGUAUCUAUUCCCUCUUUGAGAAUUCUUAUUUAUUAACACUCACGUCUGUCUUGGUUUGGAUUGGUUUAUUGGAGGAGAAAGGGUACAUGUCCAAUAUUUAGGUAACCAAUGUAUUUGGUUUGGAUAUUGGUGACUUGGCGUUUAACAGGGCCAUGAAGGAAACAAACAGGACUGGAUCUGACAUUGAUGGAUGUACAGAGGAUGCCAUUUUCCUCUUCGAUGGAUGAUUGAUUGAUUCUUUUUGACGAUUGUUGUAUCUAGAUUUACCAUACUAGAUCA